AUGCACUGCGUCCAGUGCCUCUGUGAACCUCAAAAGAGUCGCCGAGGCAAGGUGUUUGGGAAAGUAAACUGUAAGAACAUUAAGCAGGACUGUCCGGACCCUGACUGUGAUGAUCCCAUCCUGUUGCCAGGGCACUGCUGUAAAACCUGCCCUAAAGGUGAUGAUGUCAAGAAGCAGACCGACUCCGUGCUGGACAGCUUCGAGUAUUUCCACGAGAAGGGUAAAGGGAAAGAGGACGACCUCCAUAAAUCUUACAAUGAUCGAUCCUACCUGAGCUCCGAGGACGUGGGACCCGGAGAGAGCCGCACCGACUUCGUGGCGGUGUUGACAGGAGUGACGGACUCUUGGCUGCCCAGCUCCAGCGGUGUUGCCAGAGCUCGCUUCUCUCUUACCAGAACCAGCCUGGCCUUCUCCAUCACAUAUCAAAGAAUGGGUCGUCCCAGUAAAAUAGUCUUCCUGGAUUCAGAUGGGACCGCCGCGUUUGAGUACAGGGUACCCAAGGGACAGUCGGACAUGAUCUGCGGCGUAUGGAAGAACCUGGCCAAGCCUCUCCUGCAACAGCUGCAGUCGGAGCAGAUGCGCAUCAGCAUGAGCACAUCUACCAGCAGACAAGAAGAAGUGGAGGGGAAGAUCAUCAAACACAGAGCUCUGUUUGCUGAGACAUUCAGUUCCACGCUGACAUCGGAGGAGGAGAAUUCCGGCAUGGGAGGCAUCGCCAUGUUGACGCUGAGCGACACAGAGAACAACCUCCACUUCAUCCUCAUCCUUCAGGGUCUCAUCAAGCACAAAGACAAAGACCCUCUUCUGGUUCCUAUCCGGGUUCAGCUGAUGUAUCGCCAUCACAUCCUGAGAGAGAUCCGAGCCAAUAUCACCUCUCAUGAUCCAGAUUUCGCCGAGGUGCUGACAGAUCUGAACAGCCGAGAACUGUUCUGGUUAUCUCGUGGUCAGCUGGAGAUCGCCGUGGCAACCGAAGGUCAAGAUCCACUGCAAAUCUCUGGCUUCAUUACAGGCAGAAAAUCUUGCGACACCAUCCAGAGUGUGAUGUCCAGCGGUGAUGCAUUGACUCCAGGGAAGACGGGAGGCGUGGGCUCUGCUAUCUUCAACCUCCAUGAUAACGGCACACUAGACUACCAGGUUCAGGUUGCAGGUCUCACCAGUGAUGCGGUCGGCCUCACGAUCGAGCUGAAGCCGCGGCGGCGUAACAAGCGCUCUGUGCUGUACGACCUGACGCCAGAGUACAGCAAGGCCACGGGCCGGGCCACGGGCAGCUGGAGUCGUUUGGAGGCCCGACACAUCCACAUGCUGCUGCAGAACGAACUCUUCAUCAAUGUGGCCACGGCUCACAACCAGGAGGGGGAGCUGAGGGGGCAAAUCAAGGCCCUGCCUUACAGCGGCCUGGAGGCACCCAGACAUGAGUUGCCCAUCCCUCUGGCUGGCCACUUUGUGUUCCCACCAGUAAGAACCGGUGCUUCUGGCCACGCUUGGGUGUCAGUGGACAAGCAGUGUCACCUUCACUACGAGAUCAUCGUGGCAGGCCUCAGCAAGACCGACGACCUCACUGUGAACGCCCACCUCCACGGCCUCGCUGAGAUCGGAGAGCUGGACGACAGCAGCGCCACCCACAAGAGGCUGCUGACCGGCUUCUACGGCUCACAGGCUCAGGGAAUCUUGAAGGACAUCAGCGUUGAACUGCUUCAACACUUGGACCAAGGAACAGCAUUCAUCCAGGUCAGCACCAAGCUGAACCCCCGAGGAGAAAUGCGUGGACGGGUCCACGUGCCAAACAACUGUGAGUUUGGGACCAGGGGGGAGGUGGAGGAGGCCGAGUUUGACGACCUUUUCGUAAAAGACCCAGAGGAACUGAAGAAAGACCCCCAUACCUGCUUUUUUGAGAACCAACACCACGCUCACGGCUCCCGCUGGACGCCCAACUACGACAAAUGUUUCUCCUGCAGUUGUCAGAAGCGAACUGUGAUCUGUGAUCCGGUAAUCUGCCCGGUGUUGACCUGCUCCAGAACCAUUCAGCCAGAGGACAAGUGCUGCCCGAUCUGUGACGGUGAGCUUUAUAGGACGGAGCCCAAGGACAUGAACGCUCCAGACAGGGUGGAAGAACAUCCUGAAGGUUGCUACUUUGAAGGAGACCAGAAGAUGCAUGCCCCAGGAACUACAUGGCAUCCCUUUGUACCUCCCUUUGGCUACAUUAAAUGUGCUAUCUGCACUUGCAAGGGCUCAACAGGCGAGGUGCACUGUGAGAAGGUGACGUGUCCGGUGCUGACAUGCAGUCAUCCAGUGAGACGGAAUCCCUCCGACUGCUGUAAGGAGUGUCCGGAUGAGGACAGAACCCCUGCAGGCCUGGAGCACAGCGACAUGAUGCAAGCAGAUGGUCCGAGACACUGCAAAUUUGGCAAGAACUAUUACCAGAACAGCGACAACUGGCAUCCCUGGGUACCCGUGGUGGGGGAGAUGAAGUGCAUCAACUGCUGGUGUGAUCAUGGUGUGACCAAGUGUCAGAGGAAGCAAUGUCCAGUACUGACCUGCACCAACAUCACCCGCAGAGAGGGCUCCUGCUGUCCUGAAUGCCUUGAUUCCAAAGAGGAAGACGACCUGACGAUGAAGGCUCCAGACAAAAGGCGAAACUGGAGACAUUGA